CCCAGGCCUUCAGCACUGGGCUAGCUCCAGCACCAUGGCUGGCAUCUUGGAGGUGAUCCUGGCCUACAAGAAAUACCUCAUCAUAAUUUCAGUACCCCUUCUCGCUCUUCCUCUUCCUCUGGUGGUGCCUACCAAGGAGGCCCAAUGUGGUUAUGUUAUCAUAGUGAUGGCACUUUUCUGGUGCACAGAAGCCCUGCCAUUGGCUGUCACAGCUCUCCUGCCCGUCCUGCUGUUCCCACUAAUGAAUAUCAUGGAUUCAACAACAGUCUGUCGGGAAUAUUUAAAGGACUCCAAUAUGCUUUUCAUUGGGGGACUUCUGAUGGCCAUUGCCAUUGAGAACUGGAACCUACACAAGCGUGUGGCCCUGAAAGUAUUGCUUCUCACUGGUGUCAGACCAGCCCUGCUUCUCAUGGGAUUCAUGGUUGUGACUGCCUUCCUGUCAAUGUGGAUCAGCAACACGGCCACCACUGCUAUGAUGGUCCCCAUAGCACAGGCAGUGCUGGAACAGCUGCACAAGUCAGAACUGGAGUCCAGUGGUGCUGGCCAAGUAUCUGAAAAUGUCAACAAAGCCUUUGAGCUGCAGGAAGGGCCAACUCCACCUGUUAACUCCAAUGAAAAAGAGGAAAAAGUGUUUCUGCUCUAUCCUGAUAAUGGUGGUGUCAUCAACUUUGCCUCCUGGUUCUCCUUUGCCUUCCCCACCAUGAUUUUGUUACUGGUUUUGGCAUGGCUUUGGCUACAGAUACUGUACUUGGGCUUUAAUUUUAAGAAGAAUUUUGGUUGUGGUUCAAGUCCCUCUGCCAAGGCUAAGGAAAAAGAGGCCUAUGCCGUCAUCAAAGAAGAGAGCAGGAAGUUGGGCAAAAUGAAAUUUGCAGAAAUAGUAGUUUUGAUCCUGUUCAUACUCCUGGUACUGCUCUGGUUUACAAGAGAACCUGGUUUCAUACCAGGCUGGGCAACUGUACUUUUCAACAAAGAUGAUAUAAGCUACGUCACUGAUGCUACAGUUGCCAUUUUUAUUUCACUUUUGUUGUUCAUCAUCCCUUCUGGCUUUUCCAACAAUGCACAAACAGGUGGCAGGUCGAAGUUCCAAGCACCUCCACCUCUCCUGAACUGGAAAGUAGUUCACGAAAAAAUGCCAUGGAACAUUGUGCUUCUGCUGGGAGGUGGUUUUGCCUUAGCCAAAGGCAGUGAGGUAACAUUCCUUGGCUUACCUGGGAUCUGUGUCUUCCUAUAA